GUCAGGCCUAUUUUAAUCCAAAGAAAAUGGUCGGCGCUGACUAAACAAUACAUCUCUCGUGUUUGCUUUCUCGCCGCCGGAUAUCGUGACUCUGCCUCCGUUGUUGAAUCCGCCGGCUACCGAUUCUCACGGUUCCCCUUAAUCAGACUCCCUGGGUGCUUUGGUCUCUUCUUCCUCUUUUAGCCAUGGAAGCCGCAGAGAUUGGAAGUGAUGAUGUUUCAUCAGUGGAGAUCAAAGUUUUGUUAUUCGCUAGAGCCCGGGAGCUCGCGGGCGUGCCUGAUCUGACACUGAAGAUGCCAUCAGGUAGUACAACGAAGUCAUGUUUGGAGGAGUUGGUGAUCAAGUUUCCGAGGUUAGAAGAGGUGUGUGGCUGUGUGGUACUUGCUUUGAACGAGGAAUAUACAGCGGACUCAACCAUUGUUAAGCACAGAGAUGAGUUAGCCAUCAUACCUCCAAUAAGUGGUGGCUAAUGCAUUUUGUAAAUGGAAAAUCACUUAACUUGGGUCUUUGUGGUUUCAUUGGCAAUUAAGAUUUGAAACUCGUUACUUUUGUGCUAAAUAAUAUAAGUAGAAAAAGGUUACAUCAGUUCCAGUUUGCUCUGUUUCUAUUCCCGUGGAUCAAUACAAUCAUGAUUUGUGA